AAAAUUUUUUUUUAAUUCUAGGCCAAAGCUAUGGGAGAUUAUUUGGUAGUUGGAGUACAUACAGAUGAAGAAAUUACAAAACAUAAAGGCCCACCUGUGUUUACAGAGCAGGAACGCUACAAAAUGGUUCGAGGAAUUAAAUGGGUAGAUGAGGUUGUGGAAGGAGCACCAUAUAUUACUACAAUAGAAACUCUGAAUAAAUAUAAUUGUGAUUUUUGUGUUCAUGGAGAUGAUAUUACUUUGGAUGCAACAGGUGAAGAUACUUAUCGUUAUGUAAAAGCUGCAGGUAGAUACAAAGAAUGUCAAAGGACUGCAGGCAUAUCAACAACUGAUUUAGUUGGAAGAAUGUUACUUUUGACAAAACAGCAUCAUAACAGAGACGGAGAAUACAAACCAAACAAAAAAGAAGUGGAUAUUAGCAGAUGUAAAAUUCCAUUUUGGUUUCUGAUUUGGCUGCAAAAUUUGGUUUUGAGCAGACCUUACCUGUCUGUAAAAAAUGUAACAAUGCCUGAUAAAAUAAUAUAUGUUGCUGGAGCAUUCGAUUUAUUUCAUAUCGGUCAUUUAGAUUUUCUUGAAAAGGCAAAAGAAAAAGGUGAUUAUUUAAUUGUUGGACUUCAUACAGAUCCUGUGGUUAAUUGUUAUAGGGGAAGCAAUUACCCAAUAAUGAAUUUACAUGAGAGAGUAUUGAGUGUUUUGGCUUGCAAGUAUGUUAAUGAAGUUGUGAUUGGUGCACCCUAUUCUGUAACAUCAGAUCUAAUGAACCAUUUUAAGGUAGAUUAUGUUUUUCAUGGAAGUACUCCUAUUCCAUCUGAUGUUGACGGAAGUGAUCCUUAUGCUGAACCCAAAAAGCUUGGAAAAUUUUCAAUAUUGGACAGUGGGAAUGAUAUGACAACACAGAAAAUAGUUGAAAGGAUUAUUGAACACAGACUUGACUUUGAGAACAGAAAUGAAGCUAAAGAGAAAAAGGAGAUUGCUGCUUUCGAAGCAUUGAUGAGAAAAAAGAAGAUUGAAAAUAACUGUGCCUAAUAUUUUACAAAAGUAUUUUUACCAUAGAAGUACUUAUGAUUUGUUGGGAAAAAA